UUCACGACCAAGGCCGGGGCGCAACCUUUCUUCCACGUCAAUGAAUCAAUCAUAAAAGUCCAUCCACCAUUGAAGCAGAAAUCUGGUUCAAAAACUCGUUGCUUGCUUGCUGCGUUAGUAAUGAUAAUCUUUUAGAGUUCGUUGAUAGGCCGAGUUUUAUUAAAUAGCUCCGGUGGAUAGCGAAAGCGACGCAGUGUUGGCAAAAGAUCCGGCGGUUCGGCGAAAAAAAUGUUAUUUUUCCCUCAUUAAUGUCCUCUGACCCUCUCUCUUAAAAGCUCGUGCCAUCAUUCAUUCUUUUUUCUUUUUUUCUCUAGAAGCAGACAACUACCCUUUUUAGCAUGUUAGCUACUUGGCUUAAUCUUGAAGAUUAGCGUUUAUAAAUCCUACGUUUUUUCUGUUUCUGGACUUAAUCACAUGCAGUUCAAAUUAAUCUUUUUUAUUGGUAAGUUAUUAAUUUUGGGUCGGCGGUAACAAAGGAACAACAUCGAGUGCAGAAUCAUAGCUCGUGAUUGGAGAGACUUAGCCUUUAAAGAGCUUCAUGAGGAUUAAUUAGCUUUCACAUUACCGAUGGAAGCUCAAAGAAAUGGGCUACCAAUUUUGUUUAUAGCUGUAAUCUUGUUCUUGAUCCAGUGCGUGGUAGCUCAGGGAGUUUCGAUAAGUUCUCAAAUCGAACGGUGGGCAUUGCUCGACCUUCGGUCAUCGUUGGGUCUCCGAGCGAAAGAAUGGCCGAUCAAGGCGGACCCUUGCACAUCGUGGUUCGGCGUCCAAUGUCAAAACGGCACCGUCAGGAACAUCACCGUUUCCGGUUUAAGAAGAACCAGACUCGGACGGCUGAGCCCCCGGUUCAAUGUCGAUUCUUUGGUUAAUUUGACCCAAUUAGUUUCUUUCAAUGCUUCCGGCUUCCCGCUUCCCGGGUCAAUACCCGAUUUGUUCGGAAGCCAGUUGGUCCAUCUCGAGGUUCUUGAUCUCCGAUCAUGCAAUGUCUCCGGUUCUAUCCCUGCUUCACUCGGCAACUCGAGUCGACUCACUUCUUUGUAUCUUGGUAAUAACAAUCUUGCUGGUUCUAUUCCUUUGGCACUGGGACAGUUAAGCAACUUAAAAUUUCUUGAACUUUCGGGAAAUUCGCUUACUGGGUCAAUUCCUUCAAGUUUUGGGUCUCUUGCAAACAUUGAAAGGCUUGACCUUGGUUCAAAUUACUUAUCUGGGCCAAUUCCUCCUGGUUUAGGUUCUUUAAAAGGUCUUCGAGUGUUUAAUGUCUCGGAUAAUAAUCUCUCUGGCUCAAUUCCUUCUCAAUUUAGUAAUCUUUCUAGGUUGCUUGAGCUUGAUCUUAGUAAGAAUUCUUUGUAUGGGUCGUUGCCUAAGGAAUUUAAGAUGUUAAAAAGUUUACAAAAGGUGGUGAUUGAGGACAACAUGCUAGCUGGACCUCUGCCUGUUGAUUUGUUUUCAAGUCUUAUCGAAUCGCAAGUUGUGGAUUUGAGUGGUAAUAAACUUGAUGGAGUUCUUCAUGGUACAUUUUGGUCAAUGCCUAAUUUGUGCUUCUUCGAUGUAUCGAGUAACAAUUUUACAGGUCCUCUGCCUGCUCUUAGUUCUAAUCACACUGUUUCUAUGGCUGCUGUGUUUAAUCUGUCGAAUAAUUUCUUUUAUGGCACUUUGAAUUUUUCACUUGGGAGGUUCAAAUCCAUUGAUAUAUCGGAUAACUAUUUUCAAGGUAAGGUAGUUGACACCAGUGGAAGAAAUGUCACUGUUGAUAAGAAUUGCCUUCAAGCACUGAACCAGAGGAGUUUGGAUGAUUGUAGGCUGUUUUAUACAGAAAGAGGGCUAAGAUUUGAUAAUUUUGGGGAAGGAAACAUAAUUCAGCCUCGUGCUGCAGAAUCUCGUUCUGAGAGCCGAAAAAGAUGGAUAUUUAUCUUGGCAGGAGUAUUUGGUGGAAUUGGCUUCGUCGUAGUUUUGGUAUUGGUGCUAGUACUGCUCUUGAGACGGUAUGAUAAGGGCAUUAGGAAUCAAAGAGGGAGUGGCAAUAUAGGGCCAGUUCCGGAAGGAGAUAGCUCUCAACUUCCUAAAGAUCCUGCAAAUGUAGAUGGCUCUGGAGAUCCAUUUACUUACGAGCAGUUGCUCCAAGCAACUGCUAAUUUUAGUGGUACGAACCUUAUUAAGCACGGCCACUCAGGGGACUUAUUUCUUUGUGUCCUGGAAGGUGGUAUCAGUGUGGUCAUUAAAAAGAUCAAUUCAAGCUCUUCCAAGAAAGAACUGUACAUGACAGAAUUGGAUUUAUCCAGAAAGCUUUCUCACGCGAGAUUUGUCCCUCUGUUGGGGCAUUGCUUGGAGCAUAAAACGGACAAGCUUUUGGUCUACAAGUAUAUGCCAAAUGGGGAUUUGGCCAAUUCAUUUUACAGGGCUACCAACUCAGAUGAUGAUAGUUUGAAGUCCCUGGAUUGGAUUACGAGGUUGAAAGUCGCUACUGGAGCUGCUGAAGGCCUGUACUACUUGCACCAUGAAUGUAACCCUCCCCUUGUUCACAGGGAUGUUCAAGCAAGCAGUAUCCUUCUUGAUGAUAAAUUUGAAGUGAGACUUGGAAGCUUGAGUGAAGUUCAUGCCCAGGAGGGGGAUACACACCAAAGUGUGCUCACGAGGUUGCUUUGGAAGCCACAGACCUCUGAACCAGGCCCCUCAGGUUCAGGCUCUGCUUCAGCUACUAGCGCUUAUGACGUGUAUUGUUUCGGAAAGGUAUUACUAGAGCUUAUAACAGGGAAGAUUGGCAUCAGUAAAGCAGAAGAUGCAUUUACGAAGGAGUGGCUAGAGCAAACCUUGCCUUGCAUCAGCAUAUAUGAAAAGGAAUUGGUGACUAAGAUCAUGGACCCAUCAUUGAUUGUAGAUGAGGAUCUACUGGAAGAGGUAUGGGCAAUGGCUAUUGUGGCAAGGUCAUGCCUUAACCCAAAGGCUUCAAAAAGACCCUCAAUGAAACAUAUACUCAAAGCAUUGGAAAACCCUUUGAAAGUGGUAAGGGAGGAGAGUUUCAACUCUGUGAGGCUAAGAACAACUUCGUCGAGGCGAUCUUGGAGCGCCGCGUUCUUUGGUAGUUGGCGGCAGAGCUCAUCAGAGAGUGCCACCAUUUCAGGCCACCAAAAUAGAGAAGGUGUUGGUGGUUUCAAACAGUCGGGUAGAGUAGGGUCUCAUGGCAGCGGGGGUAUCGAGCACUCACCUUCACGUAAAAGGUUAUCGAAUGAAAUUUUUCCUGAACCGGUCGAAAUACAAGACAUGGAGAGGUUAGAUGAAAACUAGUUGAUAAAAGGAGUGUUUGCCAGUGUGUUAAUGAGUUUUAAAGGGGUUAUGUUAAGUGCCUGUUCGAACAUUGAACCCCUUUGUUUCUAGUCGUACACGCUCGGGUUCGAAGGCAGUCUUAGGAAGAAAUCUUACGAGCGAUCCCGUCUGGUGGAGCUGAUGCCUAACCGCAGCCGAAGCCAGCCAUGGAGAUGAGAGGGGAGACUAUACAGGGAGUGAGAUUUUUUAUGAUAUUCGAAGCUUGUUUUGUAAUCUAUUUAUCAUAACCAGGCAAUUGUUAUUGUAAUUGGCACUUUCUCUUGCAUAUCCGAUCAUAUAUAGAGUGUAAAAUUGCAGAUGAUU